GGAGUGGUAGGAGGUUUCCGUUCGUCUUUCUCGUUGUCUAUCUUUGUGAGCAACUUGGUUGUGCGACGUAAUUAAUAUUUUCGUAGUAAAUUCCAUUUAUUUCGAAUUUUUUGCUGUUUGUUCAGUAAAAUAAACCUACCAUCGUGAACAUCACUUGAAUUAGAUUCAUUCCAUCAUGUCCUACAACACCAGAAGAACCGGCAAUUUUGGAGGACAGGGGGCCCAGGCCCAAUCUCAGCCCCAGGUUCAAUCGGUGGGUAGUAUUGGACAACGUCGGCCUGUCGUAACUAACAACUUUGUACCUGGCGGACAGCUGAAUGCCCAGAAUAAGGGCGGGGUUCAGAUGGCCGCCCAGCAAAGACCGCCUCACCAGCAGCCGCAGCAGCAGGUCGCAUCAGCACAGAAUACAAAUACCAGCGUUAACUUCAGAAACCAGAACCAGAGAAGUUCUGUUGCGGCGCAGGGAUACCAGACUCAGCCCCCGCCGCCGCAGCAGCAGCAGCCCCCAGUACAACAGCCAGCGAAAGUAGUAGAGUCACAACCGCCUGUUCUCCCGGGUGUAAACCCACCCAAUCCCGCCCUCGAAAAUACCAACGGAGAGGGCAUGGAAGUGGAUCCUUCUGAUACGCCAAAGAAGAAACCGUUCUGGGCCAAGGGCGGAAAAGUAUCCAAGAAGGAGAAGAUGCGCAGACGCAACGUGAGGCUGAGCAAGAUGUUGCAGCCCAAGAACGCGGUCAUGAUCCUGAACGAGUUGGUGAAGAACACGUGUUACGCCGUGGAGGAAAUCCCCAACAAAACGGACAUGAACCAGUUCAAGGCAUCCGUCUUGGUCGAGGACGUUGAACAUAUAGGUUACGGUCGUAGUAAAAUACACGCAAAAAAUUCGGCCGCCGAGGCCGCUUUGAAGCAUCUAAUAGUGUCCAACAAGUUGUCGGAAAUGAAGAAGGACGACGAGGGCAAUGAAAAGAUGGACGUCGCCGAGGAUGGGACGCAGCCUCCUCUGCCUUGGCAGCACGUUGCGUCUUUCGCCCUCUACAAGCUGUUCACUGGUUGGGGCGAGGAUCCCAACAAAGGACCUAAAUUGCAGCCACAAUUGAACGCCAGCAGCGACAGCCAGAAGGUUCACGAGAACAAACCGGCAAAGAAGAUGCCCGACAAUCCAGAGUCCAUGAAUCCCCUGAUGCUGAUCAACCAGAUGUUGCCGCACGCUCUCUUUGAGGAGAUCGGGAGGAGCGGCGCCCCACCAAACCUCACCUAUUCCUACAGGUGCUCUGUCGAUGCAGAUAGCUUUAUCGGUACAGGGUCAAACAAGAAGGCGGCAAAGAAAAUGGCCGCAUACGGGGCCUGCCACAAAAUCCUAAACAUUGAGUAUCCGAAAGACGUUUAUGUACCAGGCGGAUAUUAGAAGAUAAUGUAGCGUUUAGAAUUGUAAAUGUAUCGGUUAGUUUUUAAAUUAUUUCAAACAUCCUGCAAUUAUCCACAAAUUCAGAGGACUACUAUUCCCAUUGGAAUAUUUAUAAAAACAAAUACGAAAAUGGACUGAAAUUAAGUUAAAGAGUUGUGGCGGCAAAAGAUCUUUGUGCAUAAUUGCAGCUUAAUUAGUUGGCAUAUGUAUUUUUUUACGUAUUUUUUUGUGUAUUAGAUCGUGAUUCUUGAAUUUUUAUAUUCACCUGUAUGGAACUUCAUGCAUUUUUUCCCUCUGUUGUGAGUUAAUGAUCGAUUGCCCCUUAGAGAAAUAAAGUAUAAAUGUUUUCCGACA